AUUAAAACUAAAUUAAUAUAAUUUUAUAUAAAUGCCUCCUAAAAAAGAGCCGAAGGGAGGUGGGAAGGGUGGCGUUAAAAGCAAUAACAAAAUUUUUACAUUAUCCCAAAUAGACGUAGAAAAGUUAAAAGAGCUCCAUAGGCCAGAAGAUCAGUUAGUUCUAUCAACAAAGGAGUUGGAGGAUGAAAUAACUAAAAUUUUAUUGACCCAGAAUCCUAUAAAGGCAGAUAGUUUAGUUAAUUACAGCUAUUUCACAGGAUAUUAUGAAUACCUUCCUGAUCCUGGCGAUGCUGUCACGUUUUUUAAUAUGGAAGGUACACUUUUGGAACGUGGUACGCCCAAAUACAUAGCACAACUUGUUAGCCAAGGAGUCGAUCCUGCGACGCUUGAGGAAGAGGAAGCAGAAGAAGAACACCUCGAAGAGGAAGAAGAACAGAAUGAAGAAUUAAAACAUAAGGAUUCAAUUGUACCCUCAGAUGAAGGCUUUGCAGACUCGGUUGUUGAGGGUGAAGAAGAUGAAGAAGAGGAAGGUGGGCAUGAUGCUGGCCAUGACGAUGAAGAUGAAGAAAUUUUUACAAAGCCUAAAAAGCAGAUGAAUAUGUUUAAUUACUGUGAACGCGCUUCAAUGACCUACAUUACAGUUUAUCGAGCAGGUGAUGGCCAAACAAUUCCACCUCCACGAGCGACAUAUUCAGCGCAAGUCCAUCAAUGGGGUAUUUAUGAUGCUUUGCAAGAAGAUUUUGAUAGGCAAGAAAAAUUAAAAGAAGAUAAAACUAAAAAGAAACCAAAGAAACAAAGAAAAAAAGAAAUUGAUAAACAAGAUAUUAUAAAUAGGAAAAUGUUUAUCGCAUUAAAUGUUUUGGAAAGAAUGAUAAAUCAAAAUACUUACAAUGAUAUUGCUCAAGAUUACAGAUUUUGGGAUGAUCCAGCUGAUGAAUUUAAAGAAGAUGUGGGAACUUUAUUGCCACUUUGGAAAUUUUCAUAUGAAAAGGCUAAGAAAAUGACUGUUACAGAUAUUCGUUGCAGUCAUUGGUAUUAUGAUUUAUUUGGUGUCUCGUUUGGAUCAUUUGAUUUUACCAACCGUUUAGACGAAGGAUACAUGUGUUUAUUCACCGUUAAAAAUCCUUCUUAUCCGGAAAGUAUUUGUAGAACAAACAGUGGUUGUAUGUGUGUCGAUAUUCAUCCGAAUAAUCCAUAUUUUGUUGUGGUCGGUUUAUAUGAUGGCAACGUUUAUGUGUAUAAUAUUCAACAAACAACAAGCGCUCCACAAUUUCGAAGUGAUCCAAUUACACAAAAACAUACCGAUAUCGUAUGGGAAGUACAAUGGGCGAAAGAUCUUGAUGAUGGUGAUCUCAAUUUCUAUUCCAUAUCUGGCGAUGGAAAAGUUAAUCAGUGGGUGUUGCUUUUAAAUUCAUUUUCGUUAACUACAGUAAUGACAUUAUACAUGGAUUCAUCUCCAGUUCCUGGACCUGACGGAACAUUUAUUAAAUUAUUAGCUUGCGGUUCUUGCCUAAGAUUACAUCCCAACAAUCCAUUAGUGUAUUUAGUUGGGACAGAAGAUGGAUUUAUUUAUAAAUGCAGUCCACAAUAUUCAUUUUUACACAUGGUCACAUAUCAAGCACAUGAUAUGCCCGUGUACCGUAUCGAUUUUAAUAAAUUCAACGAUAGUAUUUUCAUAUCUUGCAGUGGUGACUGGCGAAUAAAAAUUUGGGAAGAUGGUCGUACAGAACCACUGUUUGUAUUUGAUUUGGGUACGUGUGUAGGCGAUGUUAGAUGGGCCCCUUACUCAAGUACAGUAUUUGCUGCAGUCACAAAUGACGGAAAAGUUCAUGUUUACGAUAUAAACAUCAACAAAUACAAACCAAUGUGUAUCCAAAAUAUUGUAAAUUUUAGAAGAAACAAAUUAACACGUAUUGCCUUCAAUAGAAAAUUGCCUAUUAUAUAUGUUGGCGACGAUAAGGGUACGGUAACAAGUUUGAAAUUAUCUCCAAAUUUGCGAAUUCCCGUUAAGCCGACAAAGAAACAAUCUGAAAUGACGCAAGAAGAGCUACAACUUUGGAAAUUAGAAAAAAUAUUAUCGCUAAUGAGAGAGCCGACAGUACUAGAACGUCCACCAGAUAUUGUUGAAGAAGAUUAA